GCUUGCAGGAGGUCUCUGCAACACCCGGCUGCAAUGAUGCCAUUUGACACAGCAGAGAAGAAGGUUACAGGUGGGGCGUGGUUUGCUAUCUCACUGAAUUAUCUCCCAACAGGCUCUAACAAACACCACAAAGACGCGUUUCGCAAACGUUGUCAUCUGCAACACAAAAAUGGACCAAAAGUGGAUUCGUGUGCUGGUGAUUCUGCUGAUUUGUCGACAAAUGACUUCAGGAGCCGGUGAAGACGUAACUGUAAAGGAAGGGCAGCAGAUUGAUAUCAAUUGUAAGCCUGAAGGAACAGGCACCAUGGUCAUCUGGUUUCGAGUUCUCAACACAUCUACUGUGGAAUUCAUCGCAUCUUUCAGCAACACUGGCGUCCUAAAGUCAUCCUCCACGUCCUUCUCUUCCACCUUCAGUUUCUCACAGAGCAAGCAAAAUACCCUCACACUGAAGUUGUUUAACAAAGCUAAAGACAGUGGCAUUUACAACUGUGGGUCUCUCUACAGAGGUAAUGAGCUGAAGUUCGGCAAAGCAACCCGACUGGUUGGAGAGACAGUCAAAGUCCCAGCAGUAGCACCACCACAGGCCACCACCACCCAACAAAAUCUAUGCACAACCGCCACGCCGUGUGUUUGUAGCAACACUAACAAGCCAGGGGAAACCAGUCCUCAGCUAUUUUGUUCUCUCAUCAUACUGGGCCCUCUGGCCGGCGGCUGUGGCCUUCUUCUUCUACUCCUCAUCGCCACCACCAUCUACUGCAACCAAAUAAGGACAAGGAGAUGCCCACACCAUUACAAAAGAAAACCGCGGGUGGUGGCUCCUGGAAAACCAAAGAUGAACAACAGACACGUUUAAUCUAAAUAUGGUGCACUUUAACAGAUGUUGCUUUCAAUGACAAAUUCAUUACUGUCUCAUGUUGCUGUUGCAGAAAUAAUUUUUCGUCUUAUUCAGAUUAAUCACAUUUAUGGUGAAUAUUUUGCUGCCACCUUAAGUUUUCAUUGUUUGUGAUAGACAAUGAGAAGUGUUGAAAAAUCGUCAGUGGCUGCGUUACCACAUUCUGAUUGAACUCUUUUGAUGAUCUUGAUAUGAAAUAUGGAUUUAUCCAGUCCCCGAAUGUUUAUAACAGAACCCACUGAAGACCUGAGAAUAAAAUAUUAGAAAUAAGCACAAUUUAUGUUUAUGUUGAGAUUUUGCAAAAAGUGUAUAUAAUUAAUUUUGUUUUUUGUACAGAGCCAAAGCCAAUGUUAAACUGUUUAUAUUUUUUCAGCAGUCUCCAUAUAUUAUUUUUUUUACCUUAAUGAUUGUACUGCCCUUUAUUUUUGUUAUGUUAACAUUUUCAAACAAAAACUUAAUUUGUCUUUAGCUUGAAAAAAAACCCCCCAGUAACAAAAAACAAUAAAAGUAAUAUAUUUCUCUCUAUCCAGCAAGAUAAUUAGAUUUUUUUUAAAAUUUUAUUUUAAUUUCUAUAUUGUUAAGCUUUGAUUAUUUUUUUUCCUUAAAAGUAACAUUUCUCAUUAUGCAAAUUUCUACUUUUUCAAAGGAAUGAGGAACAAUUUUUUUUUUUUUGUAAAAUUGAAGGUACAUUUUUGUAGAAUUCUCCCACUGCUUGAGUUUUUGUAACU